CAAUCACACGUAGAUAUGCAAUAGCGAUCGGAGGGCGGAGAGAAAGGAGGAGGCGACGUCACGGCGCCGUAGCGAUCGGAGCAAGGCUGCGGUGGCGGCCAUGGAAGAGCAUCAGAACGGAAGAACGAGAGAGAGAGAGAGAGAGUUUUGGAGAUAUGAAUUUUUAGAGGGUUUGCGUGGUAGAGACGUCGUCGUUUUGGUCCUUUGGGCUUUGGAUUGCGCGGGAUCCUGCGUUCUCUUUGGUCAUGGGCCACGUGGCGGUAAGCGGGAGUUCGGAUUUCUUGGGUAAAAGGUUUUCUAAGGCCGUCCAUUUAUGGGAAUUAUUAAUGUGAUGGUUAUUUUUGUGGUGUUUUUUUUUAAUAAAGUCUAUUUGGCCGAGCCACAUCUAAAAUAGCCAAGUUGGUGAUGGAUGGGAAGCUUCGCAGGAAAGUGGGAAUCCAUGCAACACGCUUCCUUUCUUCUUUGUUUAUAGUCCUGAAUCCUGACAAGUCUCAUUUUCAAAAUAUUCCACUUGUAGCAAAUUAAUAUUCUUCUUUUGAAAUUUUCAAACCCCGUGGUGGUCGCUCAACGACCUGUAAUAAGGCUGAAGAGGCAUUUUGGGAGUUUUGUAUAUGCAUCUUUCUAGUGCUCUGUGAUUGGGUAAUUUGGGUUUGUUGAUUCUGAUGCGGGUUUUUCUUGUUUAGGCCAUGGCAUGCUGACAUGUAGCCUUUUAGUGAGGUACGACAUCUAUGUAUGAGUAUUUAUAUAGGUAUUUCUGUUGCUGUUUUUAUUCUUUCUGGUUGUUGAUGUAUUAUUGUGGAUUAAUUCUUGUAAUGGGAUGUCUUGAGGUUGAGUGGGAUUUGAAAGAUUGAAAAUUUGAUGGGUUUUGCAAGGACUGGUGGAUGUUGAAUUUGGAAUCGUGGUGGAUUCAAGGUGUGGGGUCUAGUGGGUUUGCAGCAAAUUUGGUGAAUGAUUUUGAUCUGGUUCAAUUUGGAUCCCAUUUUGUGUUACCUUGUUUUGAGACGGUUAGGUUCGAUUUGGUAUCAUCUUUGUUGAUACUACUGAAUUUGGUCGCAAAAGAGAGAUAAUAACUUGGUGCUUUGAGGUUGAAAUCUUGCAAUUUACUGUGAUCUGAAUCUAUAAUUGAUUUUAUACCAAAGUGGAAUCAGGAUUUUCUGGAUUGGAUUGAUUUGAUAGACUUUAUUGAUGUUAUUGGAUUGACUAUUUAAAGAUAAGCUGCAUUAAAUUAUGGACCUAGCUCAUGAAGAACCAAUGGGAGAUAGAGAAGCAGAGGAGAUGGAGACACAACCUUUGGAAGACACUCCUCUCAGGGAGCCCCCUGUCUACUGGUCUCGUUUAAAGGGUGAGGUGAGACAGAAAGCCUAUAUUUUUGAUGGCUAUGGGAACGUUUACAAUAAGGAAUGGGAUCUAGUAGAAGGUCGAGGCAAUGAGUUUUGUUGGUAUCAUGUGGAACUGCCAAAAGUAAAUCAGAAACUGUCACAAUCUGCACAAUACCUUAUUAGUGUUCUUUGUCCACCUUUGAAACUCCAAGACAUUCUUUCACUUGUCAGCAAUGGACCCUAUUGUGGGCAUGUUGAUGGGGCUCUUGUCUUCAGAGCUAAUUCGCCUGGUCCUUCCUCUAGUGAUUUUACAUUUAGAAUCGCUGCUAGAGUUACUGAGAAUUCAGUGAUUACAGUAUCAUUGGGCCGUGUUCCUAGAUUGGGCUUCUCGAGGAUGGGUCAGUCUCUUCUCUCAGAGAUUCCUAGAGUGGAGAGUCCUUCUUAUCUUAGGGGUGAAGAGAAGGAAGGGGGUGGAAUUGUUAUCAAGGAGCAUGUUCUUGAGUUCUUGUUGACAAUGAAUCACUCUGAGGAGGCUGAUAAUCCUGUGCCAAAAUCUGUUUCUAAUCUUCUUGUUCACAUUCUUGACACGCAUGUGGAUCACCUUCAAGAUGUUAUGACUAAACUCGAGAUGGAGCUGGAUUCUGUGGAGAUUCAAAUGGAUAAAGGUGGUUUUGCUUUGAAGAAGCAAAUGCUAGAUGAUAGAAGAUUCCCCAAAAUGCAUCUUAAUUUGCAGCGCCUUUUGCAGGUGAUAGCACAUGGGGAGCAAGUAUUUCCACGAGUGAAAGAAAAAUGUUCUUCAAAAAGUUGGUUUGCUAGCGAAGACAUUAACUCCUUUGAAGAGUUGAUCGGACAAUUAAGGAGGCUAAAAGACAAUGCGGGGUUUAUAGCAAAUCGGGUCACAGCAAUACAAGCUGGCCUUGAUAGCUGGCAGGCCGAGCAAAUAAACAAGAAAUUGUAUUAUCUUUCAUUCCUUUCAAUAAUAUUCCUUCCUUUGUCCGUCAUCACUGGAGUGUUUGGCAUGAAUGUGGGAGGAGUUCCAUGGACAGGGCAAAUAGACCCAAAGAUAAAAGACGGUUUCCGUAAUGUCAUGAUAUUAUGUGCGGCAAUGCUACUUCUAGUGCUGUUGUGCUUCUGUUUCCCUGCUCUUUAUACCCAUGUAGCUGCUUGGCACCGAAGGAGGGGUAUGAGGAGAAGCUGGUCUCUCAACAAGAAGUCAUUCCCGAUGAGAACCACAGAAAAUGGAGGAGUUCAAGAAAGAGGAGGUUACCUCCGGAUUUGAAGGGAAGAGAAAAUGUGUCUAUUAUCUGUGUAAGCACUCAACUUGCCACUGUUAUCAAUUUGGUUAAUUCUGGUUCCCGUAUGACCUUUGUAGAGGGAAGACAUUGUACGAUAGUCCAUUUUCUGUAAUACCGUUGACUCUUUACUGGAAAUAGGAAUUGUAUUUGCCUCUUUUUCUCAAUUUAGUUUAGAGAGGAGGCGGCGGUUGCUAGUUUUUUCACUUUUUUUCUUCUUACUGAUUUUGUUUCUACAAUUGGUUUAUAGUUUCUUUCAUCUUUGGAAAGCUCUUAGCGUGUACAGCAUUCUUUAUUUCUUUUAUCCCCUUUUUUUAGCACACUGAUUGUAUUAUGAGAUCAUACUAAUGAGAUAUAUAUACUGCUCUGAUUGUAA